ACGAAGCGCGAGCGGCGGAGUCGCGGAGUCCCGGAUGGCAGGUGGUGCUGGUGUCGCGAUGGGGAACGAGCGCAGAUACGGCGAGUGCGCGGCCUCGCAGGGGGACCAGAGGUCCGCGGUGUUCGUGAAAACCUUGCAAAGUCACCAGGCUGUUCUGAGCAAAUCCAUGUCGUCCUGCCUGGUUGAUGUCAUAUGCAGCCACCUGUCCAGCAAGCGGACGGUGAGCGAAUUCGAGGGCCAGGUGGUGAGGUCGCAGCCCACGGACCUCCAGAAGGCCUCGCAGCUCCUGCAGAUGGUGCUGCGGAAGGGCUCCGAAGUGUGCCAGCAGUUCUACCAAGCGCUGGAGCGCUUCGACCCCCGGCUCUUUGAGAAGGUCACAGGUUCCCCAGCGACGUGUGCAGCUGCGGAGACGCCGUGCCCAGUGCAACACACACUUCGAACAUACGCUCAAGGAGCAGUUCCGACGUACAUCGUCAACAUUCACAACUCCACCCUGACCAACUGCAUCAUCGGGAACAACAACGGACAGAGCGUGAGCAGGGAUCAGCAGUGUCCGCCCCCUCAAGGCGCCGAGCCGCCAGGUUCUGCGGAAGAGGACGCGAGGGGCACCUGCACGUGCGGCCACACGGGGGCAGAGCAGGUCGUCACGGCGCCCCCCAGCCUGCUCGUGCACAGUUCCAACCUGGAGUACGUUAUCAUUGGGGACAGCAACAGCCUUGCGGUGGAGGAACGGCAGGGCCCUGAUGAGCUGGAGCAGUAACCAGGAUGGUCUCGCAUGAUGGCGACUCCUGCCUUUGUGACACAGGGUGGCAUCUCGGGGUCCAGACAGCGCGUGGUGCCGGCCUCAGCUCUCGCGGCGCGCAGUUAUUGACCGAACGUUGGGUCCCUGGAGGUGCGUUCUGCGAUAUGUCUCCAGGGAAGUCCUCCUCUGCACCUGGUGGACUUGGCCACGGAACUGGGACAAGCAAGCGGGGGAGCAGAUCAAUGUAUCGAGCCAGGAAAUGGCACUAUUUUCUCAGAUUUUUCGGAAUGUGUUUUCAUAAAUAUAAUGUGAAAUGUUUAAAAGGUGGUUGAAAUAUAAAAAGUAAUUUAUGUGUCAAAGGCCUGUGAGUUCAGUCGAUUAUCUGGGCUUUACGUGCAACACUGGAUUAUUACCAAUGAGUAAAUGUGUUAAUAUGUUGUAUGUUGAAAGGAGUGGGACAGCAGGGGCCCUUAGGACAAAACCACCGACAUCGACACUGAGCAGAUCAGCGGAGUGGUGUGUAUUGAUUAGAAAAGCGACAGGAGUGUGUAGUGAAAGCAGCCAUUGACUGAUGGUCCUUUACAGCUUUCAGUGGGCUCUCAUUUCUCCAAAUUCCCAGUCCCGUUUCUCCAUUCCUAGAACAGCGCAUCCCAUCAUACUGCCUUUGCGGCCCUUCCUCUACCCUGCUCAUUAUGCAUUUCCUAAUUUUCUCCUUCAUCCUCGUGCUUUUUCCAUCAAUGAGCUAUGUCUUCACUGGCAGUUUGCUUCCUCUAACUUGUACUGAUGUCACACUGCUGUGAUUUCAGAGCGUGCGUCCCGGAUAUUGCAUUCCUCCUAUUUUUAGAAAUGUGUGCAUCGGUUAAAGACGCAGCAUCUUCAUCGUGCUGUACGAUACAGUAUUCCCCUCAUUACCGUUUUCUCUCUCCACGCUUA